CUCCAGCCACUGCUGCAUGUGGAAAACAUGGGAAGGCAGUCGGUUUGACAUUUAACUACUUUUUACCUCUAUUAACACAAAGGUCAGUGAGUCUUUUAUUGCCGAAAGUGUAAGAGAUAACACCCUCCCGGCUUUGUAAGUGGCUAAAAAGCCAGGUAGUCUAAAUUAACACAAGCUAGCUGUACUUUAGCUCUUACUUUUCGGUUGUUUUAGUAGCUUUAGCCUGCUAACGGAAUGGACAACACGGAGGAAAACGCGAUAGAGCUCCAUGGAGAUGAGGAAAUUGUUGAAGUUAUUGAUCUAAACGAGGUAGAGCCUGGUCCUGAUGAUUUGGCUGAUGACUUGGAGGAUGUUGACUUUGAGGAUGCUGGAAACGCAGAGGAGGAUAAUGAAGGCUGGGAAACAGAGGAUGAGAUGGAAGCUGAGGCUGAACAGGAUGACAGCGAGCUUACUUUCUCCAAACACACUGGCUCCGUGUUCUGUGUCAGUUUGGAUCCAGCGACAAACAGCAUGGCUGUGACAGGAGGAGAGGACGAUAAAGCUUAUGUUUGGAGGGUGAGCGAUGGAGAAGUUCUGCUGGAGUGCACAGGUCACAAAGACUCGGUGACGUGUGCCGUGUUCAGCCAUGACUCCUCCCUCGUCGCUUCAGGUGACAUGAGCGGCCUGAUUAAAGUUUGGAAAGUGCAAACCAAAGAGGAGAUCUGGUCCUUCGAAGUAGGAGAUCUGGAGUGGUUGGAGUGGCAUCCCUGUGCUCCUGUGCUGCUGGCAGGAACAGACGACGGUAAUGUGUGGAUGUGGAAGAUCCCAUCAGGGGACUGUAAAACCUUCCAGAGUUCUGCUUGCCAGGCAACAAGCGGAAAAGUCCUCCCUGAUGGUAAACGGGCUGUGGUUGGAUAUGAAGAUGGAACAGUGCGUGUUUGGGAUUUAAAGCAGGGAAAUGCGAUUCAUGUUAUAAAAGGUCAGGAAGGCCACCAGGGGGCACUGACAUGCCUGGCCUGCAACAAGGACGGCUCUUUGGUGUUGACAGGGUCAGUGGACGGGUGUGCAAAGCUCAUCAACACUGCGACAGGCAAGGUGGUCGGAUCGUUCUCUGUCGAAGGAGGGAAAGCCAAAGCAUCAAAAGACGACGAAGAGUCCAAUUCUGUGGAGUCUGUUGGUUUCUGCAACAUUCUCCCCCUCGUAGCUGUAGCGUACCUGGAUGGGACUCUGGCCAUAUACGACCUCUCCACACACGUCCUGAGACACAGAUGCCAGCAUGAGGCUGGUAUCGUUCACCUGCAGUGGGAGGACUCUUCUUCUGUGGUGUCUACCUGCUGCUUAGACGGAGCGCUGCGUUUGUGGGACGCUCGUUCCGGCAACAUGGUGUCAGAAUACCGGGGGCACACGGCUGAGAUCCUUGACUUCACCUUGAACAGGGAAGCAACCCUCGCUGUAACUGCUUCUGGAGACAACCAGGCCAAAGUUUUCUGCCUCCAAAGACCAGAUCGAUAAAGCGACAAAGAAGAUCAGAAACAUGAAGAAGAGGAGAGACUUUGAAAUCAGACUUUUUGCUCUCUAAUCAAAGAGAACAUGCUCCCCUUCUCCUCAGGAUUUUAAUCUCUUACUUUCUGCCCCGUUUAAGCCAUGCAGUAGCAUCCAAAAGUCGAUUUUUUUUGUCUAUUUUAGAACUUCAGCUGCAUUUCCGAGCAGAGGUUAAAGCUGAGUCAAUAACACCUGAAGUAACAGCGAUAAAAAAGAAGACUUUGAUUUAAAUUCUUUGAAACAAACUCAUCACUACUUCCCCUUAGGUAUGCUCUUGUUGAGAGACUAAACAGAGAAAUUCAAAGAGAGAUAAAUAACGUGUCCUUUGCCUUUGACAUCCCUUUUAAAGUUCUGCCAACAAUGUUUUAGACAAACAGAUGACAGAGAAGAGCCAUUAACUUUGUUCUUUGUUAUAAUAUUUGUCUGUAAUUGGAGUUUUAUGUUUGCUGAUUGAUUCAGAGUCAAGUAUUCCCCUUAAAUGUACAUCCUUGGAAUAGUUUCUGGUAUACCCUCAAGUGUAAAUACAAAAUAAUAAAUAAUA